GGGAGGAGCCAGGCGCAAGACCGCCUUCUGGUGCCUUGGCUUCAAUGCUCCGGGUCUCCUUUCCUGCUGCUUCUAUCCAGCAGAGCCAACUUGGUCUGAAACGCCUCUCACAAUUCUCAACAUCAGAUGAGCCCAGUGCCAUUUGUUGUGGGUUAUGCCAGGAAGUGUCAGCCUUCAUGUCUCCCGGGUAAGGACUCUGUACAAGAAGAUCCUGCAGCUGCACAGGGCUUUGCCAUUGGAGCUGAAGGCUCUGGGAGAUCAGUAUGUGAAAGACGAAUUCCGGAGACACAAAUCAGUCAGACCCGAAGAGGCCCAGAAGUUUCUGCAGGAGUGGGAGAACUAUGCAGCUAUGCUGUGGGAACAAGCUGGCCAACAUGCACAGAGCUCAUCUGCUCGACCUCGCUUUGGGUCCCACCUUUCAGAGGAGAAACUGCAUGCCCUUCGAGACGAACAAGUUGGACAGCUAAAGGAAUUAAUGGAUGAAGCUACCAAACCCAAAAGACAGUUUGAUAUUUUGGAUGAUAAAGAAGACAAAACCUAAAAUACUCCUCUAAAUGCCAUUAAAAGUUUUAUUUUAUAGUGCUUCUUAUGGCUCUACUUUGGAAGACAGGCUCACUGUCAGAAGACUGAAUAAAUGACGCUGAUGUACGUUC